AUGAAGCUCAAUGAUAAGGUAGCCAAGGCUCAGACUCGACCGUUGAUUGGUGCAUGUAAAGUCCAAACCAGUAGUCUCCGCUUCAUAUCUUGCCAUAGAUUUGUUUGGAAAAGCUUGGAGUGCGGUGAAACGCAUAGGGUACUAUCCGAUGCGGAAUGUAGCCGACCCAGGAAGGAGACGGAGAAUGAGGAUGUUUUGAAGACAGAACGAGAAGCGGAGAUUGCUGUUUGGGAUGAGCAGAGUGAGAUUGUGGAUACACCAUACUAUAAGGAUCUGAUCGCCCUUGGCUCUGUAGUUGUUAGUGGCACUUCAGCCAUUUGUAGUUUGUGA